AUGCCAUCCAGAAUCUUUGCUCAUGUCGCAAAUCUACUUCCCAAAAAACAUAAAAGCCGCCAGACUCCUUCAAAUACAAUGCGCGACCUACACCAAUUGUUCGCACCAGACGGAAUAGUAAUUGACCGCCAGCCAAAAUUAGAUAACAUAUGUCUUAUUUCCGUAUAUUCUUCUGACGAUCAAGAACAAUCAAAUUGGAAUAUACGAAAAUUGAUCUUAGAUGGGAUGAUCGAAGUGAACGACGAACAACUUUCUAUCCUUCAGCGACACUUUCAGAAUAUACAACACCUUACGAUUCGAAGAGUAACUCUAAAUUCACUUAACUUUGGAGAUACUACAGACUGGAGCCUUUGGAAAUCUUUGACAGAAUUGAAGAUUGGAUUGGAUAUAAUCACUGUUCCUAACCCUGAAGAAGAAUUCUUAGCGAUCCUUUCGUGCUUACCACGUCUUACACAUCUAGAGGUUACGAGACCUAGAGCAAUAGGCUCCCCAACAUUUACAUUUCAAGCGAUCGAAACUCUUCACCAACGCCUACCAGAACUCGAAUACUUAUCAUUAUCUAUCGACCUUGUAAACCUCUCCCCAGACGACUUGCUAAAUAUUGCCAAUGUGAAACCAGCAACUUCCCUGGUUCUUUUCCAACCCAAUAAGAUAUAUUCUGACCAUAGAUGGUUGUACUAUUUCGUCAAAAAAUAUCCUAAUUUACAUACAAUUGGAACAAUGCUUUUUGAAGGAACCAGAAGAUCUGAUACUUUCUACAAUCCAGACGAAUACCAAGACAUAAUCACAUCUAUAUUUAAAGAUCCCUUGUCUGGAUUUCCAUGUCUGACAAGAGUGCGGGCACUUAUAGAACGUCACGCAGAGCCUGCCCAAAUCGCAUUCUGGGAUCUCUUUUGUUCUCUGAAUGUUCCUCUUACACAUCUGCACUGCUGUUUUGAUAUCGUAGAGACUCACACGAACACGUUUGAAAAUCGCAUAAAAAGGUGUAUGUAUGCAUUCUCGAAAACGAUUGCCAAAUUGUAUAUUCAUGCCAGAUUCAGUCCGUAUGAUCCAUGGGUACUUACAAAAGAGUUUACAGAAUACCCUUGUUUGUCCGAAUUAAUUAUUGGUGUACACCGAGCAAUCAUCGAAUUAGACACUCUCCUAGAUCACUGCCCAGUCCUGAAGAAAUUGAACAUGUCCAGCGAAUCACUCAUUCUCAGUCCGAGUACUCCCGCAAGUCCCGUUAAACACAAUCUACAGAUAUUAGAUGUUGUAAAUAUGGAAAUCAGUGCUAAUGUACUAGACUAUGUAUCUCUUCGGUGCCAAGGGUUGAAACACAUGCGCCUGAAUGGCUCAAGGAUCACGGGUCCAGUUGACCCAAAGACAGGAAACCUCUAUAUCGAUAUGUCGUACACUGACUUUGAUAUUAUUCAAUUGACGAGUAUAUGCUUUAAUACUUCAGAAUAUGGGAACGAUCCUAGAACCAAUAUAAACAUUUUGAAGUUUGUAUCGAACACGACCCACCAAAAAGCAGAGGAGCCCACCAAACACCAAACCAAGCCGAAGUUACUAUUACGACAUCGAAUCUUUCGCGAAGCAAAUACGGACAAUGUAUCACUAAAUGAAAAUGACUCAGGGAGUAACCUUUCUUCAAAGUGGUACUACAUGUUUUACGGCUAUAUAUCUCAAUCGAAAUAUUCAACUCAAGCAUGGAUUCUGACAAAAGAAGAAGUAGAACACGCCCAGAAAUACUUUUCCAACUUUGAGUAUGAAAGGAGUCUAGCCGAAAAGACUGAAGAUUAUUAUACCGGGAAUCAAGAGAGUACCAAAGACAACUGGAAGUUGGAUCUUGAUCGCGGCUAUGUCACUUGGAAAUGUGGAAACGUAACUGAAUUCAGCCUCAACCAACCCUCAAACGACGACGGUUUGUCAAUGAAAAAUAUAUUUGAUGACUUGCACUGAGACUAUACCCUCUAAACUAUUUACAAUGACAAAAAUAACAGCAACAGUUUAUAUUAGAGUGCUGAAAAAUAAUAAUUUUUAAGUUUUAUGUUAGAAUGAAAAGCUAAAAUUUUUAUUUUCGUAAAGGACUCUAACGAGAUAUCCGAAUUCUAUAGAUAGUAGUCGAGCCAAGAUAAUGUAUUGAACAGCAUCUCGCAUAUCUGAUCUCGUACAAUAAAAACGCCGGCUCAGAAC